GAGUCCAGAUCUGGCCCAAGAAGUAAACGUUGCGGUUUGACAGCUACUAGCCGUAAACAAAUAUCUCUUCAUCCUCCAUGGCGAGUUUGAGAUGAAUUGGUCCAAAAUACGGCUGCAUUGAAAUUAGUAAUCGUUCUGAAACAAAGAUUACAUUUCAAAUAUUUUGAACUAAUGAAAACUUGAAAAGGGUGGUUGUUCUUCCGGAGUGAUUUCAGCUGCUUGUAUUUCUCGAUCCAGAAUCGGUAAGCGGACGAGUUCCUUGUGUGAAUUCAGCCAGAGUAUACAUCGGCAGUCACUCCUUGUCCUGCAGACAAAUACCAAAGUACCAAAAAGUCAAAGGAUAAAUACCGCAUAUUCGAAGUACGCAACUUACGUUUCUCACCGUUCUCGCCCACGCCUUUCCAUUCCGUAUGACGAUUCUCUUGUAAUCAAUGGCUGCGAAGGUUGUCGUUUUGAAAGGGAAGUUUAUAAAUGCUACUCCAUUUCAAAAGUGCGCUGCCGACUCGAAGAGCAGCCAUAAAAACAAGGAUGAGUCUCUUGUCGACAAGUAUGGAUGCAGUUGAAGGAAUACGCUUUCAAUUAGCAUGGCGCAGAAGUCAUGUAUAGUGGUGUCUUGGGAACAAAACUUACGUGUGAAAUUUGCAUCAGCUGUGUGUACUAUCAAAGACUUCGUCAUAUGGUUGGAGACAAGUAUCAGGUGAGAUCCAAUGGCGCUGUGAAUCCUGUGACACGACAGCCUGUUAAAGGGCGAAAGUUUGGUGGUGGUAUUCGUUUCGGAGAGGUGGAGCGAGAUUCGUUACUUGCUCAUGGUGCAGCGUACUUGUUGCAUGAUAGGCUACAUACAUACUCAGACUAUCAUACUGCGGACAUCUGUCUUCGAUGUGGAAGUCUGUUGUCUACUACACCUGCAAUUCAGCAGAAGAGCAGUGCAGCUUUUGCUAUGGGAUUAGGGUCAAGUAGGGAGAGCAAAGUCAUCUGUAGAGUGUGCAAUUGAAGUCGGGAUAUUGAGCUUGUGACCAUGCCUUACGUUUUCAUAUAUCUUGCCUCAGAGUUGGCAGCCAUGAACAUCAAAUUAACACUUACAAUAGGCAAUGGCUGAUAUAUGAAAGUAAAUCUAUUUUUCAGCUUUACAUCCUCCCCAUUUGUACAUUUGACGAAUUUGAACGAAAUGCACUCUGUCGAGCCGAGCGGAUGCUUUGAG